AUGGCUACCGAUCUUGCGGCAGGCACGCCUCUGGCGACAGCGCUGCAAAAUCUUGUCCAGCCUAAGCUCGCCGAGUUUGGCUGGACGACAGGCGGCGACGAUACGACCCUCUUCGAUUACAUCUUGCUCAUGCUCUCGAACGGCAAGAACGAGGAACAAGUCGCGACCGAGCUCUCCAACGACCUCCUUGACGAAGCCGAAGGCGAGAACACAGAUACACACCGCUUUUCGCGAUGGCUCUUUGAACAGGUCGACCAGCUACGCGGGAAUUCUGCUGGCGGCAAUGCGCAAACAAGCGACAACCAAAUGGAAGAUACCGAUCACGGCUCCUCUGCAAUCGCGCAAGAUAUGGAGAUGGAGGGCAUCUCAGAAGCCGGAGACGCUUCAUCAGGCACUAUGUAUGACACCAAUUUUCUUUCAAAUCCUCCUAUGUUGUCCUCUCAAGAUGCAAGAAGAGACAGCGCCUGCGGACUCCCGAUCCCCACAAUCGAGUCCUCUUGGCGCGAGUCUUCGAAGGCCCCUCGGACUUGCAGCACUUUCAGACGACAAUCUCUAACGAAAAGCAGACCCACCGGACCUAAAGCUAUGCGGAACAGCAGCGGUCCUAAGCAGGCACGCGGCGGCCGCUUAAUGAAUCAGGUGAACAGGCAAAUGAGCCGUAACGACGACCCUCUCCACCGUGUUCGGGGUACGCAAGGUGCUGGACGUAUUAACUCGCACUUGCGAGACCCACCGAAAGGACCUCGCGGUCAGAACAUUGGACGAGGACUCGAAGCAAUGGCGAACGGAAGGGGUUCCGGUAACAUAAAUAUGGGCCCUGGCAUGAACGGAAUGGGUGGGAUGGGUAUGAACAUGGGUGUGCCGAACAUGCCUAUACCGCCCAUGGGACAAGGUCUUCCGGGAGGAGGAUUGAACCCUCAGCAGCAGAUGGCCCUCAUGUCCAUGUACGAGCAGCAAGCGCAGAUGAUGCAACAGAUCUUUUCUGGACAGUCUCCGCAACCAUUCGUCAACCCCAAUUUUCAGAAAGGAAAGAAGCCAUUCGCUCGUGGAUCGCAAGUACACCGACAGAAUUUGCCUCAAUCGACUAAAUUUACGAAGAAGGAAGGCGAUGACGAGAACAUGACCGAUGGGCCUGCGGCCGAUGGUGAAGGCAUGCAGGCGGACACGUCGCGACCAGGGCCAGAUUCCGCGACGACAAUGUGUCAUUUCAACCAGAAGUGCGCCAAGGCUGAUUGUCCCUUCGUCCAUUCCUCGCCUGCAGCUCCCAAGACCGCGGUUGUCGAUAUGAACACUACAUGCGACUAUGGAGCGGCGUGCAAGAACUUCAAAUGUGUUGGCAAGCACCCGUCUCCCGCUAAGAAGCAACAGUUCCAAGCCGAGCAGGAGUGCAUUUACUUCCCCAACUGCCGCGAUCCACAGAAUUGUCCGUACAAGCAUCCGACUGAGAAACCAUGCCGCAACGGUGCCGACUGCACGACUCCCGGUUGCAGUUUCUGGCACAGCUCUGUUGUCUGCAAGUUCAAUCCCUGUACAAACGCUCGCUGUAUCUACAAGCAUCCUCUGGAGGGUCAGAAGAAAGGCAAUAUGGCCAAGGGUAACGUUUGGGUAGCACCGAAAAAUGGGGAAGAGCAGAAGAAGGAUCAUGUAAGCGAAAGGAAAUUUAUUGACGAGAACCAAGAGGAGGAACUGAUCAUUCCGGGAAAGGCUGACCAGAUGGCGGAAGACGCACUGUGA